AUGUCGACGACCACAGGUGCGUUCAUCGCAGGAGGUAUCGCGGCAUGUGGAGCGGUGACGGUCACUCACAGCUUCGAGACGGUGAAGAUUCGGUUACAACUUCAAGGAGAGCUCCAGUCGAAGAGUGAUGCGGUGAAGAAAUAUAGAGGUGUUUUCCAUGGUGUGAAGGUCAUUCUACAGAAUGAGGGUCCUCGUGGAUUGUUCCGGGGCAUCGGCUCCGCAUACAUCUACCAGGUCUUGCUGAACGGUUGCCGUCUGGGCUUCUACGAACCAUUGCGAAAAGGCAUCACGACCGCCGUGUACAAGGACCCGCAGGUCCAAUCAUUGGGCAUCAAUGUGUUCUCGGGUGCGGCUUCCGGCAUUAUUGGCGCUGCUGCCGGCUCCCCGUUCUUCCUGGUGAAGACUCGUUUGCAGUCAUACUCUCCUUUCCUUCCAGUUGGCACCCAGCACAAGUAUCGAAACUCCUUUGAUGGUCUGCGAAAGAUCUAUACAUCUGAGGGUGUCGGUGGGCUAUAUCGGGGUGUCGGUGCAGCCAUGGUUCGCACUGGUUUCGGUAGCUCUGUUCAGCUUCCUACAUACUUUUUCGCGAAGCGGCGCUUGAUGAACCAUCUCGGCAUGGAGGAUGGACCUGCCCUUCACUUGGCCAGUAGUACUGCAUCCGGGUUUGUGGUCUGCUGUGUUAUGCAUCCUCCUGACACGGUUAUGUCCCGGAUGUAUAACCAGACGGGCGAUCUUUACAAGGGAGCUUUCGAUUGCCUCUUCAAGACUAUCCGGAAGGAGGGCGUGCUUGCUAUUUACAAGGGCUAUUUUGCACAUCUGGCUCGUAUUCUACCUCACACUAUUCUCACUCUCAGCUUGGCUGAACAGACCAACAAGUUGAUGCGUAGGGUCGAGGACCGGUUCCUCCCUGAUUCGAUCAAGGCACAGAUCUGA